UUUUCAUUGCGUCCAUUGUUAUCAGCACGUUUCGCAAAAUAUUUAAUAACUUCAGCUUGGAAGAGACCGCCAUGAGCGAAGAAAACCGGCAGCACGCUCUCGACGAAGACGAGGAAACCCUACUUGCUCGCCAUCGCAAGGAGAAAAAAGAACUGCAAGCAAAAGUGCAAUCCCUUAAAAAAGCCAAGGUUGAUAAAAAGAAGAAAAAGGAACUGCAAGAUGAGAUUGUCCGGCUGGAAGCGGAUCUCGAAAGCCGACACGCCGAAGAACUGAAUCGAUUGAAUUCACUAAAAAUCAACGAAAGUAGUUGCGAUUCCGAACAGUCCCCGGCGGAGGCACCGUCAACUGAUGAAAAACAACCCAAACUCUCGAAAGCCCAGCGAAGGCGUGAGAAAAAGUCCCAGGAAGAUAAGGAGCGUGAGGAGCAGAUAAAAGCCGAGGAAGCACAGCAGACGGAUUCUCCCCGCAUUCGAGAGGAUAAAAAAAUCGCAGAAAUCCUAGCCAAACGAGGCCUGGUAGGCUUUACCGUGCCAGCCGACGGUGACUGCCUGUACAAUGCGAUCAAACACCAGCUGACCAGGAUAGGUGUGAACGGUUACGAAACGGUUGACCUGCGUCACCUUGCGGCCGACUACAUUGAGGACAACCGCGACCAGCUGAUCUGCUACAUGAGCAACCCGGAAUCGGAGGACGUCAUGAGUGAGGAAGAAUUCCGCAAAUACUGUUUCCAGGUGCGUUACACCAAAUCGUGGGGUGGUGAAAUCGAGAUUAAAGCUCUGUCGAGCAGCUUGCGCUGCCCGAUCGAAGUGAUACAGGCUAGCGGACCGUCACCGGUGCACGGCGAAGACGGUGAUGCCGGGCGCAAGCUGGUACUGACCUACCACCGGCACAUGUACCGACUGGGUGAGCAUUAUAAUUCAACCGUGCCAAUGUCGGAGAAGAAGAAUAAUGAUGAGAACGACGAUAGUGGGGAGUAUGAACAGGAUGAUGGUUGAUCGUCGUCGGGCAAGUUUUAAUAGUGAUAUGAGAUUGUCUACUACUGUUUUGGUCGUUUUGGUUGCAUGAUUGAAGUUAAAAAUAAUCGUAAUUAUAUAGCUUAUAAAGCAGUAAUAAAGUUUGUUUACUAGUAUGGACUUUUAUGCUGUUGUGGAUCCCACGCAAAGCAAAGCUUUGGUG